CAGGCGGCCCCCCGGGACCUUGGCCCCGUCCUUGUCGCACAUCGGGCGGGCGGCGGUGGCAGCGGCGGCGGCGGGCACCGGGAGCGAGCGCUGGAGGCGGCGGGAGGCUGGAGCUCGCUGCCCAUCUUGGUGCUGACCUCCAAGGAGCGGGUGGUGAACCGCAGGGCUGCGGGGCUGAGGAUGGGAGCCGGGGCCAGUGCCGAGGAGAAGCAUUCCCGAGAGCUGGAGAAGAAGCUCAAGGAAGAUGCUGAGAAGGACGCCAGGACCGUCAAGCUGCUGCUGCUGGGAGCAGGGGAGUCGGGGAAGAGCACCAUUGUCAAGCAGAUGAAGAUCAUCCACCAGGACGGUUACUCGCUGGAGGAAUGCCUGGAGUUCAUUGCUAUCAUUUACAGCAACACGCUCCAGUCCAUGCUGGCCAUCGUGCGGGCCAUGACCACCCUCAACAUCCAGUACGGGGACACCGCUCGCCAGGACGAUGCCCGCAAGCUGCUGCACCUCUCGGACACCAUCGAGGAGGGGACCAUGCCCAAGGAGAUGUCAGAAAUCAUCGGGCGCCUCUGGAAGGACUCGGGCAUCCAAGCCUGCUUUGACCGCGCCUCCGAGUACCAGCUCAAUGACUCUGCGGGCUACUACCUGUCAGACCUGGAGCGCCUGGUGACCCCCGGCUACGUCCCCACAGAGCAGGACGUGCUGCGUUCCCGCGUCAAGACAACCGGCAUCAUCGAGACCCAGUUCUCCUUCAAAGACCUCAACUUCAGGAUGUUCGACGUGGGCGGGCAGCGCUCAGAGAGGAAGAAGUGGAUCCACUGCUUUGAGGGUGUGACCUGCAUCAUCUUCAUCGCGGCUCUCAGUGCCUACGACAUGGUCCUGGUGGAGGAUGAUGAAGUGAACCGCAUGCAUGAGAGCCUGCACCUCUUCAACAGCAUCUGCAACCACCGCUACUUUGCCACCACCUCCAUCGUCCUCUUCCUCAACAAGAAGGACGUUUUCCUGGAGAAGAUCAAGAAGGCCCAUCUCAGCAUCUGCUUCCCUGACUACGACGGUCCCAACACCUACGACGAUGCGGGCAACUACAUCAAGCUGCAGUUCCUGGAGCUGAAUAUGCGGCGGGACGUGAAGGAGAUCUACUCCCACAUGACCUGCGCCACCGAUACCGAGAACGUCAAGUUCGUCUUUGACGCCGUCACUGACAUCAUCAUCAAGGAGAACCUCAAGGACUGCGGGCUGUUCUGAGCCCCAGCCGAGCACCCCCUCCCCUGGGACCAGCCCCGCUGCUGACCCCAUUCCACCUCCACAACCACCUCCACUGCCCCAGACCCCUGGGAUUUGACCUGCUCAGCUCCAAAGCCACCCCUGGUGAAGGGGGGCGGGGAAGGGGUGCAAUCUCACUCCCCCUCCCCACCAACUCUCUCACCAGUCAGCACUGUGGGGCCCCCCGUUCUGCUGGGGGUCUCUGGGGCUCUGCUCCUCGGGGUACCCGGAUGACCCUGGAUACUACAGGGUGCGGGAUACUUUUGGGUGCUGCAGGUCCCUGGGUAACCCUCAGAGCUGUGUGGCAUGGGGGUUCUCUUGGGUGCUGAGCAUCCUUGAGUACCCCUUGGAGCAGAGGGGUGUUUGGGGGUCCUGAGUGUCCCUAGGUAUUUGAGGGAUCCUGGGGUGUCCCUGGGUUCCUUUAGAGCUGAGAAGUGCUGGGGUUCCCAGAUGACCCUUGGCACUGGGGAGACUGGGGGGUUGUGGGUACCCUUUGGAGCUGAUGAGUAUUAGAGGUUCCCUUGGGUGCUGGGGGGUGCAGGUGCCCUCCGGAGCUCUGGAUGCUGGGGUGGUCCCUUGAGUGCUGCUGGGUGUCCAUUGGUGCCCCCCUGGAGCUGGGGGUGCCGGGAGUCUCCACAAAUCCCUGGGAGCGGGGGGUCCUUUGGGUGUGGAGUGUCCAUGGGUGAUCCCUGGGACUGGGGGUUCCUGUGGGCUGCUGGGUGCAAGGGGUGCUACAGAUCAUUGGGUGUUCCUGGGUACUGGGUAUCCCCAGGGACUGUGUGAUACUGGGGCUCCCCUGGUGCCACCAUGUCACCGCUGCCGAGCCAGUGGUCAUGUGUUUGUUCCCCCCCACCCCACAGCUCCUUGGGCUAGGGCUUGGCCCUGCGGCAGCAUCCCAACGACACCCCCAAGGGCCCCACCAUUGCCCCCACCUCCCACACCAGGGGCUUCUCCUGACUCCAGGGGGAUGCCAACACACCCUGUGUCCCUCUCCCACCCCUGGGGACCACCCCAGCCCUCCCACGGAAGUGAAGCCCCCCUGCCCACCCCCAAGUAACACAGGACACUUCAGUAUAUAUAAUGGUUUUUUUUUUUUCCUUUCUACAUUUUAUUAUUUCAAACCACGUGAACAAUUCGGUAAAAGAUCCUGUGGGAAAAGCGAGGCCGCAGGCACCGACUGAAAGGUCCCCCUGGGCUGGGGGGACAGCGGGGGCCGCUCUGUACAGCGGGCUCUCCUCGCCCAACGCAACAGCUAGCCCUAAAAACUAGGCUUAGAAAGAGGGGGGGGAUAGAGGCAGUGGGCAGCACCCCCUGCCCACCCUCCUGCCCGAGCUGCCCGUCGGGAUGGGGGCAGCGAGGCGGGGUGGGGUGCAGACCCUCCCCCCCAAAGGCACACGGUUGGGGGGUGGGCUGGCCAUGGAGGAUGCCACCACCAUGUAGCACUUGAUGCUUUUAAAUAGUUUGGUAAAAAGGUUUCUUUAAAAAGUAAACUGUGCCCAACUGGUGUGGUGUGGUUUUUUUGCAUGGUUUUGGGUUUGGUUUUGUCGAUUUUUCUUUUUUUUUUUUUUCCUUUUUUUCUUUCUUCUUUCUUUUCUGGUUUACUAAAAGGAAUGUCAUCGGUCGUGUUUGUGGCUGGGUGAGCAUCCCCGAGGGGACCCUGUGCCCCCCGUGCCAGCAACAC